AUGGACCGCAUCGUCCGCCCAGUCACCCGGCAAUUGCUCCGACCUCGUCUACCCUUACCCGAUUCCUCCUCCCCCAGUCGCCCGCAGAUUAUACUCGACAGGACACACUCGGCCCGAGGUGCGUCUGGCUCUGCGCCCUGGCUCAAGGACAAGUCUCUGUUCAUUGAGAAAUGCUACGUCAAUGGCGAAUGGGUGACUGCCCACUCUGGCAAGACCUUUGAGGUUCAUGAUCCUGCCACUGGGGAGCUCAUCGGCACAUGUCCGGAACUCGACACCACCGACGUGGAGAAGGCGAUCCAGGCUGCCUCGGAGGCGUUCCCAUCUUUUCGCACAACACUAGCUCGCGAGCGGGCGCGCAUGCUCCGUCGGUGGUACCAACUCAUGGUAGACAAUGCAGAAGAUUUGGCCAAGUUGAUCACAUGGGAGAAUGGAAAGCCUUUGGCAGAUGCCAAAGGUGAAGUCAACUACGCCGCCAGCUUUUUCGAGUGGUUCAGUGAAGAGGCGCCUCGCACCUACGGCGACACCAUCCCCGCAUCCGUGCCGGGGAACCGAGUGAUCACCUUGAAACAGCCCGUUGGUGUCUGCGGUCUCUUGACACCCUGGAACUUCCCCGCGGCGAUGAUCACCCGUAAGAUUGGGCCCGCCUUGGCGGCUGGCUGCACCGUUGUUGCGAAAUCUCCGAGCGAGACCCCUUUCACUGCAAAUGCCCUAGCUGAGCUGGCUCACCGGGCGGGCAUCCCUAAGGGUGUGGUCAACAUUGUCACUUCCUCCGAGAACACGGCCGCCGUUGGUGAGCUCAUCACGACGCACCCGGAAGUGCGUAAGGUCUCGUUCACGGGCUCUACGAAUGUUGGCCGCCUGCUCAUGAAGCAAGCAUCCUCCACGAUUAAGAAGGUGUCUUGGGAGUUGGGUGGGAAUGCUCCCUUCAUCGUCUUUGACGAUGUUGAGGAUUUGGAUGCGGCUGUGAAUGGCGCAAUCGCUUCCAAGUUCCGCAGCUCUGGCCAGACUUGCGUGUGCGCCAAUCGUAUCUACGUGCAAAGUGGUAUCUACGAUGAGUUUGCCAAGCGAUUCACCGCCAAGGUCAAGGACUUCAAACUCGGCGCGGGCUUUGGCGAGGGUGUCACUCAUGGACCCGUCAUUCACGAGCGGGCCGCCGCAAAGGCCCAUGAACACGUUGAAGAUGCGGCCUCCAAGGGCGCCACAGUGGUCGUGGGUGGACAGAGAGCGUCUGCCCUGGGGCCCAAUUUCUACGAGCCCACUGUUCUCACGGGCAUGACCAAGGACAUGCUCCUCGCCUCCGAGGAGACUUUUGGUCCUGUGGCCGGCCUCUUCCCCUUCGACACCGAGAAGGAGGUUGUUGAGCUUGCAAACAAGGCCGAGGUUGGCCUCGCGGGAUACUUCUUCAGCAGCGACGUUCGUCGCAUUUUCCGCGUUGCCGAGGCUCUGGAGGUUGGUAUGGUGGGUGUCAACACAGGGUUGAUCAGCGAUGUUGCCUCCCCAUUCGGUGGUGUCAAGCAGAGUGGCUUUGGACGUGAAGGCAGCAAGUACGGUAUUGAUGAGUUUAUGACUAUCAAGAGCGUCACAUUUGGUGGUAUGGGUGAGCCAUUGCAGGGAUAA